AUGGAGGCGGCUAUUGCAGAGGCAGACAGACAGCUGGCCGAGCUGCUGCAGCUGCAGCAGGUUCAACAGAAGCAAGACCUCAUGCGGCUCUCAGAAGCUCACGCUGUGUCCAACGCGGAUGCCGCGUUCCGUAGGGGCCUGGAAGAGCUGAUUCAGGACCACCUGAACACGUGUUUGGCCCUUGCCAACUGCGGCCCGGCCACUCAACAUCCCCAUCCUUACUUGAGCCACCCACUAGCCGCUGAGGGACCAUCUCAGAGUGGCGUCCCGUCUGCCAGUGCUGUCGGCUCCGCCGACUCCGCAAUUAACAGCAGUUCCAGUGGUGUUGAAAGCAGUGGGACGGCUUCUGAUGGAGCCGGUAGCAGCUGCUGCAUGACCGCUCUCCGUGGCGGUGUCGGCAUGACGAUGGAUGAUGCGUCUCUGCCAUCGCUGCUUCGUGAUGCUUCUGACAGUAACGUUGAGAACCACGGUUUCAUCCCUGCUGUUGACAGCAUUGGAUUAGCUGGUUCUUCCGCCCAGAGGCACAAUGGCGUCGCACCGACCGUUGAAGACGUUGAAGCCGCAGCAGCGGCAGCUGCGGCUGUAGCAGGCAUCGCUGUCUCUGAUGUGGGUGGCAACGCGACAGGGAGUGGGAAUGAGUCGUCGUCCCCCGCGCAAGGAGAUGUGGCUCAUGCACAGCAGCGGUGGGACGAGGUGCAGGCGGAUGCGGAGGCGAUCAGGCUCGCACUGGAGCGAGAGGCGAGGGAGCGGGAGUUACUGAGACUGGCAGAACUGCAUGCCGCCAGCGUGCUCGAUGACGCCUUUCGCUCCUCGCCUCCCAUCGCCUCCCGCUCUCCCCCUGAGGAUCCAGCAAACUAUGCGAUACCCGACCAUCCAGACGCGUCUGUGAUGCACAUGUGGCCGCCUCUUGAGCAGCCUCUGCCUGCUUAUAGCCCGGUCGGGCAGACAGGAAGCCCUGAGGAGGUGCACGAGAGUGAUGCGGAACACACAAGUGAGGGGAUUCAGGUGCAAAACGGGGGUGCGAUGGAGAGGAUCGAAACGGCGGGCAGCACAGGCUCCCGUGGGUCUGUGCGCGGUCGCUCGCCAGGUUACUUAUCUGCCUCGCCCGGCAGCAGCAACUUGUCAUCCUCCCAACCAUCACCACGAGCCACAGCGCCGCUCGCAGCCACCGUUGCUGUGCAACCCAGCGCUGUCUUGGGUGCCGACAGCACUAUGGAGCUGGAUGGGAGCAUGGACGGGGAGGCGCGUCUGAUGCAGUUGCUGCUGCGGGUGGAGAGGGAGCGGCAGCGGGAGCUAGCAGCACUGCUCUCCUUCAGAGCUGUCACCGAGUCAUCCUCACGUGAUCGGAUCCAGGCGUGGAUGCAGCGCCGGAACUUGCUGGUGCAGCAGGAGCAGGUGGAGGAUGAGAACGAAGAGCAGACACAGAUGACAGAGGCGCAGGAGGAAAUAGGAGCACUGCGAACGCACCGAUUUGUUUCUGGGAUCGAGUCCCAGUUCAGAUCCAACUUGGAGAGCCUGAUUGCUCUUGGCCCAACACGUGCAUGGCAGCAACGGAACUUGCGACUGUUUUCACAGCAGCAGCAGCAGCAGCAGCAGCAGCAGCAGCAGCAGUUGAACACACCUGCUCAAGGCAAUCCAAGUGGCCCACAGGGACAGGCUCCAUGGGCACGCGCAUUUCCUGCUGGAGGCGCCCCUGUUGCACCCGUUCAUGUCGCAAGCGCAGGUGUCCCUCCCCCUCAUCGCGCCACCCUGCCAUCACCUGCACCCCUUCCACUGCCUCCUCAACCUACAUCGCUGGCGCGUGCACGAACUCCUGGCAGGGGACCCCGACUGCUGCCGCCUGCUCCCCCUCCCCCUCCUCCCUUUGGCGCGCCUCCCCUAACAGAAUACAACGAGGAAUUGCAAGAGCUGCUCAGCAGGCGCAGUGUGACAACGCUGUUGACAUCGGAGUUCCGCCAUCGUCUGGAGCAUCUCAUCCACUCCUUCAUCACGCUGCGAAGGCCCUUGGCUGCUGCCGCCGUCGUGCCCUCGCCCGCCGCCGCUAUAACCCCUGUGCAGCGCCGACAGCAGCAGAGGCAGCAGCGGCGACAGCAGCAGCAACAGCAGCAGCAGCGGGAGGAGGAACUGAACGGAGGCCAAGUUAAUGGGAAUGAGGGCGGGGGAUCAGAAGUGCCAGCUGGUGCAACUGCAGGUCGCCGGCCACCGAUCCCUCCCCCACCUCCCCAGACUCCCCUCUGGCAGAUGCCCUUCCACACUCCUGCUGGCCCGCCCAUGGGUGGAGGGAUGGGAGUGCGAGGGGCACAUGCAUAUGGUGGAGGGUUCAACCAGCACCACACACAGCGCUACAUGGACCAUGGGUGGUUGGAGGUGCGUGACGAGGUGAGGGGCAUGGAGGCGAGGAUGCAGGAGCAGAUGCAGCGUGUGGAGCAGGCCAUGGAGGUGUGCCUCUCCAUGAUGUCUGAGCUGCAGCGCGCACAGCGCCAGGAGCUAGCCGGGGCACUGCGCCGCGUCUAUGACUCUGGCAGAGGUGUGCCACAGGAGGCACUGGAUGGACAUAAAUGGGCUCUCAUUCGCUCCGGCACUUGCUGUGUCUGCUGCGACAAACCCAUUGACUGCUUGCUGUAUCGGUGUGGUCACAUGUGUGCAUGUGUGGAGUGUGCAAACGAGCUCAAGAGGCGGGACCAGAACUGCCCCAUGUGCCGUGCACCCAUUGUGGAAGCAGUCAAAGCUUACACAGCUGCAAGCGGGCAUAUCUGA